AUGAUGGUUCAGAAAGAAGAGGAGGACUUACAGAGAUGGAAGGAAGUAAACAGACCUGGCCCUGUCCAAAUCGCCCCAGAGAAGCUAGGUGGUGCUGUGUCAUUGGCUGAGGCCAGGGAGAGGCAGCUGGUGGAGUUACGCCAAGCUAAACUGCAGAAACAGCUGAGAAAAGAGGAGAUGGACCGGCAACGGAGACAGGCAGAGGAAAAUGAGUAUGAGAGGAUGAAGGCUAAACAGCGGGAGAAGGCCAGAGCCCAGGAGUAUAGGGAGGGGAUGAGAGAGGAGGAGAACACAGCUUCUUCAGACAGCUGAAGAAGGGGGAACAGAGGAUGAAGGUACCUUGUCAAAUAUACAUCUGCUUUUCUAAUUUGUUGUACAUUUACAAUGAUAUAAAUAUGGUCAAUAACCAGAUGGUUUUAUCC